CAAACACUCACCACACAAAGCACAACCGACAAACUGAACAUUCUUUUAUAACAACGACCAGACCGCAAUAAUGGGAGACCAAAGAGCCGACGCUGUCUACAAGGCCAUGCUUGCCGAGCAGGCUGAGCGAUACGACGAGAUGGUGGAUUCCAUGAAGUUCGUAGCCAACUUAGGAGAGGAGCUUAACAUCGAAGAGCGUAACCUGCUAUCCGUUGCUUACAAGAACGGUAUCGGAUCUCGUCGUGCUUCAUGGCGCAUUGUAUCGUCCGUAGAGGCCAAGGAGGAGAGCAGGGGACACACCGCCAAGGUAGAGAUCAUCAAGGCGUACCGCCAGAAGAUAGAGCAGGAGCUCACCAACGUAUGCGAAGACAUCAUGAGCGUCAUUGAUAGCAAACUUAUCCCCUCUGCGAAGACUGGAGAGUCCAAGGUAUUCUACUACAAGAUGAAGGGUGACUACUACCGUUACUUGGCCGAGUUCCAGUCCGGAGAUGCCCGAAAAAAGUCCGGAGAUGACUCCUUGGAGGCCUACAAAUCUGCCUCUGAUAUCGCAAAGGAUGAGCUACAGCCCACACACCCCAUCCGACUGGGUCUGGCACUCAAUUUCUCCGUGUUCUACUACGAGAUCUUGAACUCACCCAACCAGGCAUGCAAUCUUGCCAAGCAAGCGUUCGAUGACGCUAUUGCAGAGCUUGAUAACGUAAGUGAAGAUUGUUACAAGGACAGCACAUUGGUUAUGCAGCUUCUGAGGGAUAACCUAACACUAUGGACGUCAGACAUGCAAGGAGAAGAGAAGGAGGGAGAUGACGCCGAGGCCGACGAGUAGAUCAUUGUAUCAUUUAUUAAACAGCGCCGCCCUUGCCCGUCUAUUUAUAAAUUCAAAGCUUCCUUCCGUUCAAUUAACAUUUCAAACUACUUAGGCAAAUUACGUACAAGCAAUCAUCCAACUGCGUGUGAAUACAUGGUGAGCUUGUUUGCUGCACCAUUAGCGCUUGCAAGCAGUACAAUUCAACAGCGAAGUAGAUAUGUACCGAUGUAUCUUCGUCUUAAACGCACAUUAAUAUAGCAUUUGAGACGUUGCCAUAAUUGAUAUGGUUCUUUACAAUAAAUAAAGAGAUAUGCCCUGCAGUGUCACACCAUGCAAAA